AUGGAUGCUCCAGGCGGCGUGAACGCAACUACGGAGCAUGACGCAGGCGUGCGCAGGGAGCGGCCGUGGCUUUAUGCAUCGAACCGAAAGCUUCGGCAUCUCCAUGGUAUAUCUGUGCGCAACUUGGUGGUCACUCCCCCUCCAAAUCGAGCUCGAGGCAAAACCAUUGAUGACGACGACAUCCCCAACACCCUAAAGUCGCCCUCGAAACUGCUAGCCCAAAACGAGAAUCGACCCCUUCAACCGUCGCGGUCCUUUACAGAUCUCAAGCUGCGCCCGAUUCAAGAUGGCCCCGCAGACAAGAGACCCGACAUGCGCGAGUCGCGUCGCCGAAGCCUGCUGCCUUGGAAUGAUCCCAAUCCUCACACGCGGCAAAUUCGGCUAGAGGACAUUACGAAGAGUCGCAUGGCGGAUACUUUCUUCUCUUUACACUGUGAUCGCAUCGAGGAGCCGGUCUAUAUCAGCGAAGUGGUCGACAAGGGAACCAAUCCGAGCUUUCGGUCUUUCGACCUGGACUUUUGCGGUCCCGUGGUGUCCCGCCGAGAUGCAUUGACUCUUAAGCUUUGGGCGAAGACGGAGAAGACGUCCGAGUUUGUGUUGCUAGUGGAAUUGCAGCAACACUUGCGUUCCUUGCAGUUCUUGGGGAAGACACUCGAGAGUUUUCAUCAUCCUCUGCCGGCCAAUUGCAUUUUGUUUCAUUUCCCUGACGGGGUCUACACGAAUCUGACUGAUAUACCGCCGGUUGAGCAACCACUCAAUAGCGCAGGCCAACGGAGUACUGCUGACGGUGCGGUGCUGCCAACCUCUUCUUAUGAUGCGCUGAUGCGACUGGCGAAUCUAGAUGAGUGUAUUCAAGAUGCAUUGGCGACCCGGGAGAAAUUGGAGACGCAGAUUGGAGAAAUAUUAAAGAAGAAUGAGGCAGCGUUGUUGACUGAGAGCGAGGCAGCAAAGGCGCAGGACCGCCUCGCCUCGAUCAAACAGGCUGUUGCUGCCGAGCGCAAGCAGAUUCGAGCUGCGAACAAGCGCAAGGAGGACCUUAUUGCCAGCAUCAGGGCUCGGAAAGAAUCCAUGGAACAGGGCCAUCUCGCGCAAGAGAAGGCCCGGAGUCAUCUCCCCGAUGCCCAGGAGAAGCUUGUCAGCAGCGAGCAAUUGCUCAGCCAGAAUGCGGAGGAAACUAAGGGUCAAAUCCGGCGCAUUGCCGAGGACCUGAUGGUGAUCUAUCCGAUUGAUCCGAUUCCUGACAAGACAUUGGCAUUCACCAUUGCCGGACUACCACUCCCCAACUCCAACUUUGACGAUAUUGACCGCGAAGAGGUUGCUGCGGCACUAGGUCAUACCGCUCACCUUGUAUACCUGCUCUCAUUUUACCUCUCCGUCGCAAUACCCUACCCGAUUAGCCCGAACCUGUCAACGUCUUUGAUCCAGGACCCAAUAUCUCAAGACCUGCCACAGCGAACCUUCCCACUCUACCCCGCCAGCGUCCAAUAUCGAUUCGAAUAUGGCGUCUUUCUCCUGAACAAAGACAUCGAGUUCUUACUUAACAAGCAAGGCAUCCGCGGCCUGGAUAUUCGACACACCCUUCCAAACCUCAAAUAUCUUUUGUAUAUCCUCACUGCCGUGACACCGGAUAUCCCUGUCCGCAAAGCUGGUGGUAUUCGCGGUCUUCUCUCGGGGAGAUUCACUCCAACCAUGUCCCGACGAGGUAGUCUGGAUAGCGUCGUCUCUGGUGAACUGGUCCAGCCUCGGAAAGCCCUGGAUUUGGUCUCCCGUAUGAAUGGGUUCGCAUUGGACCAUGGAGCAAAGGUACCAGCGGGGGCUCCCACUCCGCCGUUGUCAUCUCGAGCAUGA